GAAAAAACGUCUUAUCUUACAUACAUAUAUCGUGAUUAUAAAGCUCCUAUUGGAUCUCGGCGUCGUAUAUCGGACAUCGACGCAGUGUAAAUCUUUCAUUAUAAGGUCUCUAGUUUUUCCCAUCGUUUAACCGGUUUUCAUUGACCCGAUAUUUCCGCAAUGCAUAAAGUAUGAACUUGGCAUGAGGCGAGGAAAGCGUCAGUCGUCGACACGUGCUCGAACCGCACGAUAAGAUUUGCAGCUGUUCUGUUUUUGUGGUUAGCAUCGUUAAGAAAGCGAAGCUUGCCAUGGCAAAAUUAGGAUAUGACAUAUACAAUGAUAUAAGUGAUAAUGAUAGUGGAGAUGAUUGGGAAGAGAAUGGUGAAGACGACUACAACAUUCCGUGUCUGUUUUGUACAGAAACCAUUAAUGGGUUUUCUACCGCACUGCACCAUAUCGAAACUUUCCACAAAUUUAACUUGUGCAAUUUUAUAAGGAAACAUGUUCAUGAUACUUAUACAUAUAUCAAGUUAAUUAACUUCAUUCGAUGUAAGGAGAUUUUACCUGAACAAUUAAGUACACUGAGUAUAGAAACUUGGGACAAAGAAGAAUAUUUGCAUCCUGUCAUAGAGAAUGAUCCAUGGUUAAUGUAUGAUAUAGAAGAUCUCAUCAAUAUUAAGGAUAUAAGUGAGGAGAGAGGAGCAAAGCAAAUACAUUCAAAUGGCAGCAAUGACAGUGUUACUUUACCAGAGGUACAAUAUGAAGAUAUGAAGAAAACAAUACGGUCUCUCACAUCUCAGCUGAAGGAAAGUGAAACAAUGUGUUUCUUGGUGAAACAGCAAAUGGAAGAGAUGAGAGAAAAAGCACAAAAAUUGAUAUUAGGUGAUGAUUUAGAAGGAAAAGAGAAGAGCACUCUAGUCAGCGCCCACAAUCCCAAUGUUGAUGAAGGAUAUUUUAAUACAUACAGUCACUUUGCGAUACAUCAUGAAAUGUUGACAGAUAAAAUACGGACAGAAAGCUAUCGUGAUGCCUUGUUGACAAAUUCUAAUAGAUUUCACAAUUGUGUAAUGCUGGACGUCGGUUGUGGGACUGGUAUUCUGUCCAUGUUCGCGGCAAAGUCUGGUUGCCGUAAAGUUAUCAGUGUUGAUCAGUCCGACGUGAUAUAUCAUGCUAUGGAUAUAAUAAGGGAAAAUAAUCUUAGUGACAUAAUCACUUUAAAAAAGGGUCGUCUGGAAGAUAUUAGUAUCGGAGAAGAAAAAGUAGACGCGAUAAUAUCUGAGUGGAUGGGGUAUUUUCUCCUAUUCGAGGGAAUGUUAGAUACCGUCAUUUAUGCUAGGGACCAUUAUUUGGCGCCUGGUGGAGCAAUACUUCCAAACAGAUGUGCAAUUAGUAUCGUAGGAAGCGGUGACACCAAAAGGUAUAUCGAUCUAGUUGAUUAUUGGACGAAUGUUUACGGCUUCAAAAUGAGCUGUAUGAAAGCGGAAGUAGUGCGCGAACCCAGUAUAGAAAUCUGCAACGUCGACGAUAUAAUAACAAGCACCGCUGAGAUUCAAGUAUUCGACUUGUAUAGUGUCACUACAGACUGCGUCAAUUUCUCGUCUCCCUUCACGUUGAACGUGAAAAAGACGGGAUCGUUAACCGCGAUAGUCGGCUAUUUUGACAUUUUCUUUGAUCUAGAGAAUCCGGUACAUUUCAGUACGGGCCCUCAUUCUACGCCAACGCAUUGGAAACAGACGGUAUUUUCUUUGAGCGAGCCCAUUAGCAUAACCGAAGGUGAAGUUCUAACCGGCACAUUGGUUUGUCGGAGACACAUUAAAGAUAUUCGGGGCUUAAUCGUCACGAUCCACAUAAAAAAUUUCAGUCAGAUUUAUUAUCUGAAUUAAACGCGCUUUGAAUGAACCCAUUUCGAGAUAUGCACGAAUAAUAGCCGAAUGUGCCAAAUUCAAAAAUAGGGUCCAGAUAUCGAGUUACGAAGUUCUUUGACUUUCGUUAGACGUUAUCGUGCGAAAAACACGUUGCCGACGAACGUGAUCAAGCUUUUACAGCUUUCCUCAUAUAGAAUAUGAGACUUCCCAAAAUAUAGAAUUUACAAUCUCCGUCUUACUUAAAUGGAGAUGCAACUUUCACAUCUUUGAAAUUCCAGCUUCUCUUUUUUAUGCUGGAAGCAUACAUAUAAAAGCCAUUUUUAAUAGUACAUAUCGCAGCAUAAUUGUUAGUAUAUACACCCACAUUUUAUGCCUUUCUUUCAUCGACAGCGAGUCAUAGAGUACGAUAGCUUCUUUUGAAUUCGCGAGUGACAAUUACGAGCAAAUAAUUGCGAAAUAAUCGUUGAUCUAGUAGCUAUUUGUACAUUUGUGCCUUUUUAAUAGUAGCGCAUCUUUAAACCGAUUAUACACUUGUAAUUUAAAAUUUAGGGGUUUUUCGCAUAGGCUAUAGAAUUUUGAUCUCAUAGUUGACAAUUUUUGAUGUAAAAACACUUGAAGCCACGAUAAAAUGAGAAAAACCCGCAGAGCUUAACAUACAGACAACGAUACAUAUAGGGUUCGCUCAAGUCCAAUUUUUAAUUAGAUCGUCCUAAGAGAUAUAUUCAGUAAUCUAUACGAUAUUCUUCGAAAUUUUCCAGUUUCGCUUCUAGAACAAUUUUUCUCUGAUCAAGUUUCAUUGAUUCCAUCUCCUUGGCGGAACAAUGCCAACAGAUACACUUAAAUCGUCCGAUUUUACUAUUAUAUACGAUUUCUCCUGCCACUCUCUUCUUGCAUGUGAUAUACGUAUGUACAAGGACGCGCACCGAAUUACCGAAUAAUAGAGAUUGUUCGUGCUACCGAAUUAUAAAACCGCAACCAAACAACUAAAUGCGAAUUCUGUGAUACGAGAGAAUUAGCUACAUAGAGUGUUCAUCGAAGAGCGACUUUACACAGAUAACAUCCUUCGCAUUUGUCUACGGGGAUGUGAUGUGGAGUAACGCUUAUUUUGCUUCGUAUAUACGUAUACAUUCAUACAUACAUAAGUACAUACAAUCUCUUACGUAAUAUAAAAUAGUGAAUUUUAAUCCGUAACCCGCAUGUGAUUAUAAAUAAUUACAGAUUAUCAAUAAUAAUAUGGACAUCGAUGAUCUUUUGAAAUGUAUGCAGAUCGAAAUAAAUCUUUAGAAACUUACA